UAGUUGAUUGCUCGUCCUCAACCCCAGUCUCCAGGCAAAAAAGAAAAGGAAAAUAUCAGAAAUAAAGUCAUAUUUAGGGAGCCUGACUGAGAGAUUAAAAUCUGAAAGAACACGCAUUUCUUUUGUGCGUGCUACGUCACGACGCAGCAUCAGCUGUUGACGGAGAGAACCUCCAUUCAAUCGGACCUUGCUUCUCUCACUCUCACUACGGACUCUCCGCUGCAACUGUGACCGUGUCUGUGCAGUCUAUGGUUUAACGCACACGCUGUUUGUCGAGAGGUUCGGUAACGGAGCAUAUGCUGCCAUGAGUGCUUUUUGUCGUCUGUUCCAGAGGGGUAUGCUGUCGUGUCGUUUGUUCGGCAUUCAGCCGCAGGAUGUGAGCGGUACGGCUCUCCCGGUCCGAGCAGCCAGCUCAUCCAGCCCCGUCAACUUGACCUAUGAUGUCUUCGAUGGGAAGGGAGAGAGCACUCCCCUGGUGUUUCUGCACGGCCUUUUUGGCAGCAAAUCUAACUUCCACUCAAUAGCCAAGUCCUUGGUGCAGCGCACAGGUCGAAAGGUGCUGACUGUAGAUGCCCGUAACCACGGUAACAGCCCUCACAGCCCGGAGCUGAACUAUGAAGCGAUGGCCGAGGAUUUGAAGCACCUCCUCGCUCAGCUUCACAUUGAAAAAUGCGUCCUGAUUGGCCACAGCAUGGGAGGAAAAACUGCCAUGACGACCGCUCUGACACAGGCUGGUUUAGUGGAGAGGCUGGUGGUGGUGGACAUCAGUCCAGCCCAGACCUCCACACGUACCAACUUCCGGUAUUACAUCAAGGCCAUGCAGGAAGUGAAGAUCUCCAGCGACAUCCCGCGCUCCACCGCCAGGCGGAUGGCCGAGGAUCAGCUGCGCAGUUUGGUCAAGGAGCGCUCGGUGCGUCAGUUCCUGCUGACUAACCUGGUGGAGCAGAACGGACACUACGCCUGGAGGGUCAACCUGGAGUCCAUCUCGGCGCACCUUGAGGACAUCAUGAGUUUCCCCAGCUUCGACACCGUCUAUGAUGGACCAACAUUGUUUUUGGGUGGAGCCAGCUCUGCUUAUAUCAGCUCUGACGAUUACCCAGAAAUCCAGAGGCUGUUCCCUAACGCUGACAUCCAGUACAUCCCAGAUGCGAGCCACUGGAUCCACGCAGAUAAACCUUUAGAUUUCAUCAGCUCCGUCAGCUCCUUCCUCCAGUCCUAGCUGCCUCCUGCCUACACCUCAGAACUUUUUAACGCACCCCUGAGCGUGAAAAUGACGGUUAGUAUUCAGCAGCAGAAGGAGUUGUUGAUGAUGCUAUUAUUUGCCAACACUGGACCAAACUCGCCCUUUUACAACAGUCAGUCCUUUAAACAAUUCUAGUGAAGCGUAGCAAAGGUGAACUUUUCUUUAGUUUAGUCUCUGCCAGUCAGGUAGUGUUUCUAGAUGUGUUUUCAUUGGUUUUCUGGUCAGUAGGUAGACAAUAUAUAACAUAACAGGGCUGUUCUAGAGUUAAUGUACUAAUCCAAAGAAACGUUGCACACUGCUUUCUUGAUGUUGAAACAUUAACAUGCCAGUACAAUAGCGAAGUGGUGUUGGGCCGACAUUAACCAGGGAAUGCUGAAGUGGACCAGCAGUCAGGGGGUUGGAUGUGAACGUUUUGACAGCACUGGAAUGAAAUGCAUACUGUUUACGGGGGCAGCUGAGUGAGGAAUGUGCAAAGCAAAAGUUUUGGGGGAUUUUUGCACGAGAGUUUGGUAUCAUGUCAGAAGGUCAGAGCUCUGCAAAGAGGCUGUAAUGCAGACUUCGUGUACAGGUGCUUUGUUGUAGAAACUGAUUUUAAUGUUGAUAAGAGUGAUAUAUACAAUAUAUUGUUCCGGAUCUUUAUUUCUCACAUCCUCUGUAUCUGCUCUGUCAGAGAUGAGGAUUUACAUUUCAUUGACUUUGCCACAACUCGAGUACACCGAGAGCGCUGGUUAUAUUUUUAUCAAGAUUAUCAUCCAUGAAAACCAAGCUGAAACAUAUAAAUGCAGAACUGUCACAAUCUGUUUCCUGAAUAUCUCAGGUUAUAGUAUUUAUAGGAUAUGCUAAUUAUUAACAAUGUAAACUAUUCUCCUAUCAGUCUGGCAAUAAGCCAUGAUAAUGUCGUUGUGUAUUCAGUUAGUCCAUCAGUGUUUUAAUGAAACAUGUUUUGCUGAGUUAUUA